AUGAAGUGUGAUGUGGCGGUCUUGCUUUUGCCGGCUCUGGCCAUUGGCCUGGCAACAGGCUGCGGCCAGCCAGCAACAAAGCCUGCUCCACUCGCGAUAUAUAAUUAUGAGGCGGCGGCGGCGGCGGCGGCGGCUGCGGCUGCGACAGCACCUGAAGACGAUGGCAAUCUCAAUGACACCUCCGAUUAUUACAGCGACAACGAUGACGAUGAUAAUGAUAAUGAUGAUGCCAAAGUCAGCAUCGAUGUUUACCUGUCCAAUUCUCAGGCCGAUAGACACCAUUGGAGAGGGACCACAGAUGUUGUUGCUCGGCCGGACGCAGCUCCAAAGCGCGUGCCGCGCCAUCCUCAGCACUACUUGCCGCGCCACAAUAGACUCGAAGCCGACUUUGAUAAGGACUAUCCCGCGGACGAGCCAGGAAAGCUGACCGAAUUAAAAGUUCAGCAGCUGGGCACAUCGGAGGCCGCCAGAAGCGAAUUCGAUAGGCACAGAGAGCAGGAACUGGAACUGAAGCGGCUGGCUAAGGAGCAUAGACAGCGCAUGGAAACGGAGACCCGUUGCCGUUUGCCCCAAAGGCGAGUCAUUUAUAUUGCGAAUGAGACGUCCAUGGACUACUCACCACGGGGCACGGUGCUCUAUCGUUGCGAUGAGUCCACCGGCUGUUGCUCGGACAACUACAAGACAUGCACCGCCAAGACGGUGGACUAUGUGAAGCUGGCGUUCUGGGAGCGCUCCCAUAUCCUCAACACAAUACGUCCGGUUAUGCUAUCGCUGGCCAACCAUACGGAGUGCCAUUGCGUGAACCUGAACGCGAUGCGUCAGAAGCGCAGCAACAAGGGUGUUGCUCCAGUGGAAUAUGCGCGAAUGUCCUCCCAGUGCCAGUGUCCCAAGCAUUUCACGAGUUUUAACUGGGACAGCAGUAGAUCCCCGUCCACGACAUUCUCUUCCCACUGUCGCUGUGACUGUCAUCUGAGCGAUUUGACGUGUCAGCGCAUGAAGAAUGGCGAGGAGGGCUUUGCCAUGUCCGCACGCAUAUGCAUUUUGACGAAGGAAUGCAGUGCGCCCAUUUGCAAUUAUGGCAUUUAUAAUGUACACAGUGGACGCUGUCCGCGUUCCGAGCAGCAACAAAAACAACAACAGCAACAUUUGGUGCAACGAGCACAUCAUGGUUUUGGCUAAGUCGCAUUUGGAAUUGUUGCUUUUGCUGCCAUUUAAACAUAACAAUCCAGAACUGUGUAUACAUUAAACUACUACUACUACAUACAUACUUGUACUUAUAUUUACAUACAUACGCACACACACACACACACAUGCUAAUGUAGUAUAUGUCUGUACCUAUUACGAUACGAAAUGAAUCUAUUGCUACAGCCUACGAUUAAGUCUAUGCAAGUAUUGAACUAACAUUCAAGUGUACUUAAGAUUUCCACAUAAGAAUCACUAUUUUACUAUUAAAGGAUACAGCUAGUCAGCGAAA